AAUAGCAAAAUUAAAAGAAUGCAGACUUGCACUUUCGGACGUGUAGAAUCAAAUGAAAUGUUCUACUCGUAUUUCUUCGAAUAAUAAAAUGUUACUGUUCUGUACAGUGAUUGUGAUAAUUGUCGGUAUCAGUUUAGAAGUAAAAAGUGAUUUAAUUCCAGAUGACAUAUACGAUGAAUUUCCUCCCAUUUUUCAUAUCGACGAUCAAAACAAAUGUCACCAAGAAAACAAGCAUUUUUGCAGAGUUUCCCUAAAACUGAACCCCAUCAAUGAAUCAUCUGAAAUAUGGAAGAGCAUAUUGAAAACCAAAGAAAAUAUUAAUUAUUAUAACCACGACGAGUUGUUUUAUGCAAUAUGUGUGGAGGAUGCUUGUCCCCAAUAUCAAAUAGAACCCAAUCACAUUGGAGACGUAAUAAGAAAAUGUUAUUCUAAAAAACAUCAACAUUUGGGACUGGACACAAAAGUUGUUGACUAUAAUUGCAAAGAUCAUAUAUAUGAAAUUGGAAAUUAUGAAAUUAUAUUCAUGUGUUCUUUUGGACUGUAUAUGUCAUUAGUUCUCUUUGCCACUUAUUAUGACUAUAAACAUGGGAAACACAAAACGGUUAAAUUUGGAAUGGACAUAAUUAAAAGCCUGUCAAUAGUUACGAAUUGGGAGAAGAUUAAAAAAAUAAACGAACAACCAAAACUUCGAUGCAUGCAAGGCAUCAGAUUCUACACAAUGUUGCUGGUAAUAUUUUGCCACACUUAUGCCAGUUUUAUUGGAGGAUAUGUGCAAGAUACUAAAUAUUUAGAACAGAUAUACUUGAAUCCCCUAAGACAUAUGUUGAACAAUUGGUUGGUGUUUCUGGUCCAAACAUUCUUUUUAUUCUCAGCUUGGCUACUCUCCUAUCACUUCUUUCAAACACUAGAGAAAUCGUCAGUAUCUUUAAAAAGAUACGUCACACUAACAUUUAUUAACAGAUAUUUAAGAAUUAUACCUCCAGUUUUUCUUAUAACCACCUUCGGAUACAGCACAUGGAUUUUUAAUUUCUUAUACAAUGGACCAGUAAAAGACCAAUAUUCUGACUUGGAAUACAAAAUUUGCCAAAAAAAUUGGUGGACGACACUAUUGUUUAUUAAUAACAUAUCUACAGAACCUGAGAUGUGUUAUUUUAUUACGUGGUAUCUGUCUGCAGACACACAACUGUAUUUACUAUCGUUGUUAAUUUUCUCAGUCAUAUGGAAAUUUAGAAACAGAGCUUUUUCUAUUAUAUCAAUAUUUAUAGUGGUGGGCAUGGCAAUUCCUGGCAUUGUCGGUUACAUAUUUGAUUUGGACAUAAUUUUCAGAAUAUCACCAGAGAACUCCAAACUAAACAAUUUCAGAACGUUUUUAUUUAACGCCACUUACACAUCAACUUAUUCAAAUAUGGCAACUUACAUGAUAGGGUUAAUGUUCGGAUAUAUUUAUUACAAAUGCCGGCAACGUAGAAUAUUUGAUAACAAGAUUAAAAAAUUACUAUGGUGGAUUUUAUUUUUGGGCCUUCCCAUAAUGGUUGUAAGAAUUACGUGCUACCAAUAUUCCAGAUUAACUUCGGCUCUGUUAAUAGUGAUUUUACGUCCACUUUAUUCCAUUGGAAUUGGAGUCGGAAUUUUAGGAAUGAGCGAAAAAAUAGGAGGCUAUGCACAAAGUGUGUGUGAAUGGAGGCCAGCAAUAUUUAUGGGAAAUUUCACUUACAGUACAUAUGUAGUCCAUUAUGUUUACGUGUUUUAUAGAACAGCAACAGCAACUAAACCUUUGGUUGUUUCUGAUGGCAUUUUGCUUCGAUCAUUUUUAAUAGACGCCACAAUGUCAUUUUUCCUCGGAUUUCUGAUGCACAUUUUAAUUGAACUGCCCGCAUCGCAGCUACAGAAGCUAUUUGUGCCACAGGUUAAGAAGAAUAAAGUGCUCAACAAAAUCGAAUAACAAUUUACAAAGAUAUUUUUGUAUACAAUAUUUUUUCGCCAUUUAUAUCAAUUGUAAAAAUGGUGAAUGCGCACAAAUUUGUCACAAUAAAGAGUAA